GGGUUAUGUGGCAAGAUAUUUUUCCGCGAUUGAACGACAAUUACCCCAGACUUCUAUGGACAAGUGCACAGGCUUUAUACACCUCAUAACUCCGAAACGGAGCAAUGGCCCUACAGUGGUCGGCCUUUGUGGAGAUAUCUGCCGAGAUUAUGUGGAGUCAUGUACUCGAGAUUAUCGUUAUCUUGUCCGAGUGCCGAUGCCGAGUUCUCUCUCAGAAUGCUUUGAUUUAUCAGCGCAAUAGUCUACACUAAACAUGGGGAAUAUAGAGGAUAUAUCAAGAGGACCACAUCAUAUUCAAUCUAAGUCUUUGUUCAUAUUACUCGAAGUAUUUGACGCUCUUAACAUUUUUUACCUCAUUUAGUAUGUCCCCACUACCGUCUACGAUGAAAUCGGUAGUACUCUCUGGGCUGGGGGGGCAUGAGAUGCUCAAAUACUCAGAGACUCAGCCGCUCCCGGAAUUGAAUGAGGGGGAGGUUCUGGUUAAAAACACGUUUGCCGGAAUUAACUUUGUCGACAUCUACUACCGCACCGGCGUGUACCCUUCCAAAUCUCUCCCAGAUAUUAUUGGAAAUGAAGCGGCUGGGACGAUUGUGGCAAUACGGGAACCAAAUCUGCUGGGGUUUAAAAUUGGUGACAGAGUCGCCUGGAUGGGACGAGGUGGAUACGCCGAGUACACCGCGGUGAACCAUGGCGCAUGCGUGAAAAUCCCAUCUGAAGUUUCAGACAGAGACGCUGCUUCGGUUCUUCUGAUGGGUAUGACUGCUUUAUCCUUGGUAAAAAAGGCUUAUGCUGUUCAAAAGGGCCAGACUGUGUUGGUCCACGCUGCAGCAGGAGGUGUUGGGUUAUUGAUGUGUCAAAUUCUCAAGGACAUAGGAGCUAUCGUUAUUGGGACUGCUGGAAGUCCAGAGAAGUGCGCACUUGCCAAAGAACACGGAGCAACGCAUGUAAUUGACUACAGAGCCUCGUCGGGCGCGGGCUGGGUUGAGCAGGUGAAAGAGAUCACAAAUGGGGAAGGAGUUGACGUGGUCUAUGACAGUGUUGGAAAGGACACAUGGGAAGGUAGCAUGGACGUCGCGAAGCGCAACGGUAAAGUAGUGUUCACUGGCGUCGCAAGUGGACCUAUUCCAGACACUUUGAUGCAGAGGCUCGGAGAAAAAAACGUUUCUGUAAUGCGAUCAUCACUGAAGAAUAUGAUUGCAACAAGACCAGAGUUUGAAUUUUACGCCACUAGUGCACUUGAUCACAUCAAGAAUGGCAAGAUAAAAGUGAAAAUACAUGAUGUAUAUUCAUUAUCCAAUGUACCAAGGGCUCAUGAGGAGCUGGAAGGAAGGAACACUACUGGCAAGCUUCUGGUGAAGUUAUAGAAAAUUGCAAGCAAAUGAUACUAAAAAAAUGCACUAAAUUCUAGGCCGAGUUUAUAAUUAGAAUCCAC